ACAUUUUCCGACAGCAAACAGCUUCUUUUUGACGUAACUAUAUUACCUUUUUUACGGAAAUUAUCAACAUAUCUUUUUAAAUAUAUUAUUAAAAUUUAAUGAAUUAAGUAACAGUACAUGAUGUCACAAUGUGGAAACCAAAUAAGAAACGACCGAUAGGGAGGCCAAGGCAGUGAUGGACAGACCGAGUUAAAGAAGACCUCAAGCUCCUGGGGAUUAGAGAGGGAGAACAACUGGCAAAGAACAGAGAAUUGUGGAGAGGUGUAGUAGAAGCGGCGAUGGACCUUCAAGGCCCGGAAUAAGCCAAAAAAAAAAAAAUGAAUUCAGUAAAUAUUGUUUCAAGCACACGUGAAAUAAAUAUCUGUGGUUUACUAAUUAAUUACACGUGAAUUAAAUACACGGAUUUUUAAAUUUAAGUACACGUGAACAAAAAACACGUGAUCACGUAAAUCUUAAUUCACGUUCAAAUUCGAGAGCUCUAGUAUAUAUCUAUAGUUACUGCGGUGCGACGCUCAUCAUAGAGCAACCAUAUUAUCUAUAGCUGUCUAUAGUCGUGAUUGCUACUACCGAACCAAAGAGUAUACGAAAAUCUGUGGUCACCUGAUACCGUUUUGGCGGCAUUUGAUAAAGAUGUUUCACGUCUCAAUUCUUUGAGCACGCUACACCAUCACGAUUAAUCAAAUUUGUAGUCCUGUCAUACUUGUUAUGUAUGCUGUCAUCGAGUUGCUACGACUUGUGAAUUUGCUGUCAUCGAUCGCUUUCUACUGAGUUACUAAAAGCCGUCUUUAAAUUGUAAAAAUGUCAACUAAACCGAUCAACCAUUUGAACCUUGAUCCAGAACAACAAAAAACAUUCGUUCGUUUCUAUAAAUCACUACCAGAUAAACCAUUAACAACCAUUCGUUUUUUCAACCGACAAGAUUAUUAUACAGUACAUGGUCAAGAUGCUAUUUUUGCUGCUAAAGAUUUUUAUAAAACAAAUCAUUCCAUAAAAACCAUUGGAUCAGAUGACGAUACACUAGAAUCAUUGAUAUUCAACAAAGCCAAUUUUGAAGCAUAUAUCAGACAAUUAUUGUUGAUCAAUCAUUAUAAAGUAGAAGUAUUUGUCAAUAAAGGAGGAAAAUGGGCUCUAGAUUUUAAAGGUUCACCAGGCAACUUAUUACAAUUUGAAGAUUUACUAUUUGGAAAUGUGGAUCAAAUAGAAGCAAAUAUAGUUAUUGCUUUAAAGCUCAGUCCAAACUUCAGAAAUAAUAAGUUAGUUGGAUUAGGAGCUGUUGACACAGUUGAACAUAAAUUCCAACUUAGUGAAUUUACUGAUGAUGAAUUUUUUUCUCAUACUGAAUCAAUGAUGAUUAAAGUAUCACCCAAAGAAUGCAUUCUCAUGAUAGAUGGUAAUAAUCCUGAUGUUGAACAGUUAAACAAAGUGAUUGAACGAUGUGGAAUACUUGUAACUAUGAGAAAAAAAUCUGAAUUCAGCACUGAUACUUUAAUACAAGAUUUAAACAAAUUAAUUAUAUUUGAAGAAGGACAACAACUCAAUGCCCACACAUUACCCCAAUUACAACUUGAAAUUGCUUCUACUGCAAUUGCAGCAGUUAUUAAAUACCUUGAAUUAUUGUCUGAUUCGGAUAAUCUCAACCAAUUUACUAUUGAAAAUCUAUCAUAUGAAAAAUUUGUUCAUUUAGACAAUGCUGGUGUUCAAGCACUUAAUCUUUUUUCAAACUUAGGAACCAUGUCCAAAACUGACUCUAUGCUUGGAAUUUUUGAUAAAUGUCGCACACCCCAUGGACAUAGGUUAUUAACUCAAUGGAUUAGACAGCCCUUGACUGAUAUGAAUAAAAUAAAUGAACGUUUAGAUAUUGUUGAAACACUGGUCACAGGCACAGAUAUUCGACAACAACUAUAUGAUCAACAUUUGCGUACAAUACCUGAUCUUCAAGCUCUAAUGCGUAAGAUUCAACGAAAAAAGGCUAACCUCCAAGACUGUUAUAGAAUUUAUCAAGCAAUUAAAAAACUUCCUGACCUUGUAGAAACCUUAAGCUAUUCAAGCAAUAAAACUCUCAAUAGUGUUAUUACUAAUCCAUUAAAAGAAUUUAUUAAUGAUAUGAGUAAAUAUCAAGCUAUGAUUGAAGAAACAAUUGAUUUUAACCUUGUUGAACGUGGUGAAUUUCUUAUAAAAUCUGAGUUUGAUGAAGAGCUACAAAAAAUGAGAAAUGAAAUGGAUGAUUAUGAAAAAAAAAUGAGAUCCAAUUUGGCCAAAACUUCUGGAGUUCUUGGAAUACCUGUUAAAUUAGAUUCAAAUUCCCAGUAUGGAUUCUUCUUUAAAGUGUCAUUAAAAGAUUGUAAAACUGUUUCAAACAAUAAAUUAUUUGAAGUACUUGACACUACCAAAGGUGGUGGUAUGCGUUUUAGAUCUUCAAAAUUAACUGAUCUUAAUACACAUUACCAAUGUAUACAUCAAAAUUACUUGGGACAUCAAAAAGAUAUUGUAGUUGAAGUCAUUCAAACUGCCAGUAGUUACAAUGCAACUUUAUUAAAUCUGAGUCGAACUAUAGCUCAAUUGGAUGUUUUAACAAGCUUUGCUAUGCUGGCGGCUAGUUCAUUACGUCCAUAUGUAAGACCAAAUUUACAUCCUCAAGGUACAGGUUUGUUAAACUUAAAACAAGUGAGACAUCCUUGUGUUGAGUUACAAGAUUCCGUGUCUUACAUACCUAAUGAUGCAUAUUUUGAACAAGGAAAAUGUACUUUCAAUGUAAUAACUGGUCCAAAUAUGGGGGGUAAAAGUACAUACAUAAGAAGUGUUGCUGUUGCUGUUUUUAUGGCACAUAUGGGAAGUUUUGUCCCAUGUGAUAGCGCAGAUAUUAGUGUAGUUGACGCUAUUUUAGCUAGAGUUGGAGCAAAUGAUUCUCAAAUUAAAGGAUUAUCUACGUUCAUGGUGGAAAUGAUAGAGACUGUAUCAAUUAUUAAAAAAGCUACUGCAGAAUCAUUAGUAAUUAUUGAUGAGUUAGGUAGAGGUACUUCAACUUAUGAGGGCUGUGGAAUAGCUUGUUCUAUUGCAGAAUAUCUGGCAUCCAAAACCAAAGCAUUUACUUUAUUUGCAACCCAUUUCCAUGAAUUAACCAAACUUCAUGAGACCAUACCAACAAUUGUCAAUAAACAUGUUUCUGCAGUGACAUCAAAUGAUAGUCUUACACUUUUGUAUCAAGUUCAACCAGGAUCAUGUGAUAAAAGUUUUGGUAUUCAUGUUGCUACUAUGGCAAAGUUUCCAAAAAACGUUAUACAAAAUGCAUCAAAGAAACUUGCUCUAUUAGAAAGUUUUCAAAAUACACAAACUUUGGAAGAUCAACAAAAAGAAAUCAAUGAAACUGAUAGAGAAAAAUUUCUUAAUGAAUGCAAACGCUUUGCUCAAGAAUGUGCUUCAUCUGAUGAUGAAUUAUUUAAUUGUAUCAAAAAAUUGAGAACAGAGUUCCUAUAACAAUAGUAAUAUUACAUAUAUAUUUACUAAUUACUAUUA